AUUUGCGAGCCGGAGCCCUAACCUAAUAUAGGACUUUCUCCCAAAAACACGCUUACACACACACUCCAGAGCUCCUAGGGUUUAAGAUCCCAGUAAUAACGAGAAAUCGAUCAAUCGGCAGCAGAAAAUGGCAAUGAUUCCCUGGUGCAACGUGGCGGCCCGGCGGAUGGCAUCCGCUGUCGAACAAAGGAUGGCAUUAUCGUCCCUCGUGUCAUCCAUGGCGUCCUCGCCUUCUGCGGCGCCGAUUCUGUGCGGUCGAGGAGACAAGAAAACUAAGAAGGGGAAGAGAUUUAAAGGCUCGUACGGAAAUUGUAGACCGAAGAAGGAGAAGAAAAUUGAAAGGAUAAAGGAUAAGAUCGAGGUUCCCAGGUCUACUCCUUGGCCUCUCCCUUUCAAGCUCAUCUAAAAUUUUCACGAAACUAUCAGUUGUUAUUGGAGAUGUACAUUUUCCAUAAGUUUCGAGGUACGGUCCUUUUUUGUACCGAUUGCUUUAGUUGAAUUGGUUGACUCUGAAAGCACAUCGGCUCAAGCUUUGUUUAGAAUUCUUACUAUUUAAGCUUGGUUUGCUUAUUCGAUCAGUCGAGUGAAAUCAAGCAUCUCCAGCAGCUAAAUUUCCUCUCAUUAUUUAGCUUGUUGAGUUGAGAUCAAGCACAAUUUAAGCUGAGCAUAAGAAUUGUCAAGCUUGGUUUCAUAGAACAUUUUGGUUUCGGAUGAAAGUUAUAGAAUGUAGUAUUCUGAGCAGUUUCAAAUUAAUGAAACGGUUAAUGUUUGAGGA